CUGAUUCACGUGCUAAGGCCGACAAAGAAGAAGUAACCUACAGGGCCUUGUGGUGGAGUCUGAAUGUCAGAAUCAACAAGGACAAGAGUAAACGAGAAACACCGACUGGCGCGUCUCUGGUCCAAUGGCAAGCGCUGAAGCCCCAAGGAAGUUCCCGAUGACGACUGAUCGGGCAGACUCGUUGAAUGUGUGUGACGUCGGCCUGGCCGACAUCGAAGGAAUGAAGGGCUUCUUCUCGGGCGAAGCUAUUGACCACGACUCACCGUGUACUGCGACUGAGGAUCGAACGUGUCAGAUAGCUCGACACCUUACAGUGUGGAACGAAGUGCUUUCCCAGGCCAAGCUCGAACUGAGAGAAAGUGCGCGAACGCGCGCCGGGAUGACCGUGGCGAGCAUCGACUGCCCGUACGUUAGGGACCACUCGCUGGACACACUGCACCGGGUCGCCACGCUGCUGCACUGCCUCGUCAAGAAGCAUCACUGCGUGACGCAUCUGGACGUCACGAUGGGCAGGCUCAACUUGUACGACGAGCUCCUGUGCGACGCCCUUCGGGGCAACCAGUUCAUCGAGACGCUCAAGUUGCGAGACUCGAUCAAGUGGGGCCUCAGUCCCCACCGUAACUUCUGCGCCGUCGUCCCGACCCUGCGAAACUUGAAGCACUUCGAGUGCACCAGUGAGGCCGAGUGCCGGCAAUCGUUUCUGGACGCGGUGACGUCUCUUCUGUUGACGACGAAGUCUCUCACGUCGCUCCAUGUUCCAAAUUUAAACAUGAAACGCAGCGAAGCAAAGGCGUUCUUGACGGCAACCACGGCGUGCUCAUCCCUGAGAGAACUCUCGUUGAACUUUGAAGUCGUGGCCUCCGCUCCGGAAGAAAUUUGUGCCACUUUCGCGGAGUACCUGAAGAGUUCAACUGCCUUAACGACGCUAAACUUUGUGGGAAAGGGUUAUCUUUACUGCACUUCUAUGCAGUUGAUACUGCGAGGACUCGUAGAAAACAGGACCAUCGCCAAACUGGACUUCAGGACUGCGUUCGUAGCGCAGCAGUGUGUCGAAGCCGUAACUGCCAUUUUCGCAAAGAAUAGGACGCUGCGCAGCGUUCACAUUGUUCCUGACUGCCCUUCCAGCUACAGUUAUUUCUACCACAUGGGUUAUUUCAUUUGGAAUGGCUGGUUGACAUCUCUCACGCAGAAUGAGACACUGCAAGAACUUACACUGCCCUUCUACAUCUGGAGGCCAGAGCAGUGGGCUCUGUUCUUCAGAGCGCUUUCGACGAAGCAGAAUCUAAAGCACGUGAUCAUAGGCGGGGGCGUCACGAGGACCGUCGCCUUGCAGGAAGUCUGCGAGGCCCUUCGAGAAAGUGGCGCAGAGGAGAAGGUCGUUUUUGGGCCACAGUUGGGAGUGUCCUGCUAUCGGCACGAUUUCCAUUUCCUCAGGUACCGUUGCUUCCGCGACGUCGUCGCCUCGCAGGGGGAUGGCGGAACCGAUGCUCCGCCUCUUGGCAGACUUCUGCACCAGCUGUGUUCGCUGAACCACGUGACAUCGCUGACUGUGAGUAUUGAUCCUGGCACGUACACGGAGGACCUGUCGUCUGCUCUCACAGACUAUGUUGGCACAACCACCACGCUAAAGAAACUGCGACUGAUCUCGGAGUCUGCUGCCUCCACGUUGAAUGAAACUGACCUAGCUUGGACGUCUGUGGUAGAGUCGUUGUCAAGAAACAGCAGCUUAGCAGAACUGGGCGUGAGCGCGACUUGCAUGUCUAAGGACGACUCAGAGCGCAUGGCUGAUGCUGUCAAGCACAGCGAAAACAUACGAAGGUUCUCCGUUUCGGUCCAAAAGGGCUGGCACAUGACGGCGUUCGUGAGUCGCUUGUCCGAAGGCAUAUCUGGCAACUACAGUCUGCUAAGAGCCGAAUUUCCGGGCUACAUGAACAAGGACUCGUUUGCCGUCUGGGACACGGCGCGAAGAAACUCCAGCCUGGUGGCCAGGGCUUCGCAAUUCCUCGCAGGAGCUCAUCCUGACAACGGCUGGCGCUGGAGCGAGUCAUGCGGCACCGUGCUCUGCUGGAGGAACUUGCCGAAGUCCAGUCCAUCGGCGAAGGACGAGGCAGCGGCCGCUCUCCGAGACGAAGUCGGGUCCUUCGAAGGCAUGCACGACUUCAUGCGACUCGCAGGAGUCGUGAAGGAGAGAGUCACGUGUCAUCACCGGGAAGACGGGCGCAAGCAGCUGGACGACCUCAACGAGCACUGCUGGAUCGCGAUCCGGCGCUACAUCGUGCUAGGUGACGUGGUGGACGUUGAUGCGCCAAGUUAG